GAUGGCGGACGGCGACAGCGGCAGCGAGCGCGGCGGCGGCGGCGGCGGCGGCGGGCCCGGCGGCUUCCAGCCCGCGCCGCGCGGCGGCGGCGGCGGGCCCGGCGGCGAGCAGGAGACGCAGGAGCUGGCCUCGAAGCGACUGGACAUCCAGAACAAGCGCUUCUACCUGGACGUGAAGCAGAACGCCAAGGGCCGCUUCCUCAAGAUCGCCGAGGUGGGCGCGGGCGGUUCCAAGAGCCGCCUCACGCUGUCGAUGGCGGUGGCCGCCGAGUUCCGCGACUCGCUGGGCGACUUCAUCGAGCACUACGCGCAGCUGGGUCCCAGCAGCCCGGAGCAGCUGGCGGCGGGAGCCGAGGAGGGCGGCGGGCCGCGCCGCGCGCUCAAGAGCGAGUUCCUGGUGCGCGAGAACCGCAAGUACUACCUGGACCUCAAGGAGAACCAGCGCGGCCGCUUCCUGCGCAUCCGUCAGACGGUGAACCGCGGCGGCGGCGGCGGCGGCUUCGGCGGCGGACCCGGGCCCGGCGGCCUGCAGAGCGGCCAGACCAUCGCGCUGCCCGCGCAGGGUCUCAUCGAGUUCCGCGACGCGCUGGCCAAGCUCAUCGACGACUACGGGGGCGAGGAUGACGAGCUGGCCGGCGGCCCGGGAGGCGGCGCCGGCGGCCCAGGGGGCGGCCUGUACGGAGAGCUCCCGGAGGGCACCUCCAUCACGGUGGACUCCAAACGCUUCUUCUUCGACGUUGGCUGCAACAAGUACGGGGUGUUCCUGCGAGUGAGCGAGGUGAAGCCGUCCUACCGCAAUGCCAUCACCGUGCCCUUCAAGGCCUGGGGCAAGUUUGGAGGCGCCUUCUGUCGGUAUGCAGAUGAGAUGAAAGAAAUCCAGGAGCGACAGAGGGAUAAGCUUUACGAGCGACGCGGUGGGGGCAGCGGCGGCGGCGACGAGUCCGAGGGUGAGGAAGUGGAUGAGGAUUGAAACGGGCAGCUUCCCGUGCUGGCCUCCCCCACCCCACCACCAUCCCCUUGGCUAGAGAGUUCCCUUUCCUACUCGUCCCCAGUGAGCUAGUGGAGAGGGAUCAGGGGAGGCCGCAGACGGAGACAACAAAAUUUAAAAUAAUAUAGUUAAGAGAAAUAACCAUAAGAAAACAGUCACAGACAAUUAGAGAAAAGCAGUAAAGUUCCAAGGAACUGCCAGCAACCUGCAAAGAGGACAGCAGCAUCUCCUCACCUGCGCAAGAGUCUCAGCUUCUGUUUAAAACCGAGGUUCGUAAAUUCAUCAGGAUAACACUGGAGGGGAAUAGGUCUUAGAACGUCUGAGUUACCCAGACUCGUCCAUUGAUAACAGUUGAAUUUGUGUUGUACCUGGGUCAUCUGGUCUUAGGAUCCUUCCGGGCCUCCCUCCACCGCCAUCGAAAUCAGCAUUUUGGAUCUAGGUCCUAAUGGAAUCUUUGAGAAGAAAGAGGCCUUUGCAGUUACCCACUUCCGAGGGUACAGGUUUAUGAAAAGGAAUGCAAUUUUACACAAUCAUGGACAGGGCGAGAUAAGAAUUCAAGAAGCCAUCGGAGAAUUAAAAAAUCAUUGGAUCCUUUUUUUUUUUUUUUUUUUUUUUUUUGGUUUUUCGAGACAGGGUUUCUCUGUGUAGCUUUGCGCCUCUCCUGGGACUCACUUGGUAGCCCAGACUGGCCUCGAACUCACAGAGAUCCGCCUGGCUCUGCCUCCCGAGUGCUGGGAUUAAAGGCGUGCGCCACCACCGCCCGGCCGGAUCCAUUUUUUUUAAAAAAUGGUUUUGCAUGGAACCUGGACCAAGGACCCUGUCUUUUCUUUGCAGAAUUGUUUUCCGGGAUGCAGAUGAAUUCAGAUAUCAAAGCUUGAACUAGAAUCCAUUACUAAAAUAGUUUAAAAGUUGGCAAAUUUUUUUUCAAAAAAACGAAAGCAAUUUUACAUUGGGGAUUGCUGAGGUAGGCACAAGAAGUCAGGCAUAAAGCACAAGACAGAUUGUUUGAGUAGGUCGGUUGCUGCUCACUAAAGUUCUUCCCUUGAUCUCUUAAGUAUGGAGGUCAUUACCAAGAAAUGGCUUACCAUGAGUGAGAGCUGCAUCCCUAUGGCUCCACCCUAUGAGCUAGUGAAUUAUGGCUAAUUCGGCUGUUACAGCCACUGGCUGGCUGCAUUUGAAACUUUAAAACUUGACUAUCUGCAAAAAGGAGCAGUGUGGCUACAAGCCUGAGCUUUAAUGGAAUAUACAUCCUCACAGAGAAGUUGGAAACAACCGGAACUGAAGUCUUAACUCACCUUCGGUGUCAUCUGUGGAUUUAGUGAAAUACUGACCAUCCUCAGGUCCAGAAUUCCAGCAUCAUUUAUUCUUUUAAAAUAAAUUUUUAAGAACUUGAUCCAUUGUAUUCAGUACCUCACAAUCAAAGUUGGCAAAUGAUGGAUGAAUGAUUCAAGCAUUGCACCCGGUGGAAGCUGAAAUCCAUCUGUGAAUGGAACUGAAGUGAACGUGAAUGCUGACUCUAUCCUGGAAGCAUUUUUAUACCAUCUUGAAAUUUCAACAAACUGGCAUUUGCCAGUUUAUCCAGCUGUCUUUCAAGAAUAAAAGUUGGGGUUUUCAAGGAUCGCCUCUUCUAUAUUUUAAAUGGAUUUUCAGUAUAAAUGAUUUUUCUAAUCGAGUUAAUCCCACCCCAUCAAAAGGUAUUCCUAGAAAUGUCAUAGACCUAGGCAACUUUGAAUUGAAUGGGAGCUAAUGUUCUUUCCAAAGUUUUUCAGGUAUUUGUGUGACACCUUCUCAAGAACCAGGAGGCAAGUAACCCCACCUCCACAAUCUUAGUAUUUCUUUUUAACUGCAUGCCUGCCCUUUAUUUGAGCUGCCUUUUUAAUUUAUUGCAUAUCCUUUUUAUUAUCUUAUUUUGGUAUUCAAUCUAUACAAUCUUUUUGUAUUUAUUGGGAAAUAAGUAAUAUACAAAAAGGUCAUUUUCGUGUCUGUGGCUGAGAGGGAAGGAAAUAUUUGUGUAUAUAAAAUUAGGCUUUGAAAAAAAAUUAGACUGAUUCAGAAUAUUGUUGAUCUUAGACUUAAAAAUGGAGGAGCCACAAACAUUGGUGCCCUUACAGACUAUUUCUCUACUCUCAUCAUCCACAGUAGAAUUUUUAAACAGAUUUUUUUAAAGCUUUUCUUUCAAAUUUUUCUCCGUUGCAAAGAAUGUUUCCUAAAUUGUAUGGGAGCAAUAGUAUUUUUGAUGUUCUAAUGACAUCCGUAUACUUGUACUGUAUUUUGUACUACAAGGCAGCUGUUUUCAAUGUCCUGCUGUAUUUACCUAUGUGUUUUGAGUGUUUGUUUCUUUGCUGCGGAGAACAAAUUCCUACUUUUAGUAAAGGAGCUGAGAAGCUAGCAUUUAGGUUUGCAGAAACUGUUUAUAGUUUCAAACUCUGAGGCAGCAAUGAAAAUUAAGGUUGCAGCUAUUCGUUGAUUGCUGUAACGUUUUCAUUUUCCAAUCAUGUACAAUUCCUGUAUAGACCAACUUGUUUUCUUGCUUCAGUGGUGGUUCUGUUGCUCAGCUGCAGUGAGCCAGUUCAAUUUUGCAAAGGUGCAGUACCUCUCCUUUUCAAGGGGUUGGUUUUUGUUUUUUGUUUGUUUUUCUUUUUUCUUUUUAUUUGGCUGAAUUGCAGUAACUAGCCUUGCCUUUCUAUUCUGUAGAAAUGACAGGGUCUUCACAAUCCUUCACCAGUGGCUACUAAGCUAUAAUUAGCUGAAUAGAAAGAAUGUGGAAGUGGUCUGAGGCAUAUAGAGUAUAUGCCAAGAACACUACCAUAUAUGGCAUCAGCUUUGGUUACCAGAGAAAUUUUCUUAGUCAUUAGACCAUAUAACAGUAAUAUAUCAUAUGUAAAUCUUUAGAUAUCAAUUUGAAAAUCCUCCAAAAAAAGGAGCAAAGAAUGCAUAAGCUAUGUGUUGGCAAAAGUAAUUUAUAUUAAAAUUUUGACCUGCCUUUGUAAGAGAUUAAGUGGUAAAUGUCAUAGUGGUGGGUUUUUAAGUCUUAACCAAUCUCUAAGGUUUAUUUCUCCUGCAGGGGGUAGUUCAUGGCCUCUCUUCCCACUGUAGGAAGAUAGCAGAAGGAUGGGGAUUAACUGUAGCAUUUCACUGAUCCUCAUUCCAGGGACUAGGGACAAUAGAAAUCUGACAGUGUGAGAGUCAGCUCAUAUAAUCCUAGUUUUUUGAAGGCGCUGGUUUUUGUUAACCCUGUCAGAAAAUGGCCUUGUGCAAAUUCUGAGAAGUACCAACUUUUCUGUUUUGUUUUCGAAGUGCCACUAUGAGUGCUUUAGAGUUGUAUAUGUUUCCUUUAAAUUUGGCAGAUUCCCAGCUAAUGAAAAUAGUCACCUGCCCAAGAAGUUGGGGCAAGAACUCCAUUUCAAAUAUUGUUGAUAUGUUUGUUUCUCAGGCUACUGUAUACAAAAAUGUGUCUUUAAGAAAAUCAAAGAGAAGAAAAAAUUCUAUGCAGAGACCCUACUACUUCUUAAUGGUUUCUAUUGUCCCUACACAUCAUUUCAGCAAGUCUAACAGCAGUUCUUGUCAGCAAAUUCUUCAGUGCAUAUGCUGCACAAAAGAAAACAUAAAUCUGCACAGCACCAAAAAUCAAACAAAAAACCAAAAACCCAGACACCCUAUGUAUCUGUUGGAGGCAUGUAGGUGGUACAAAUGACUGUAGCUGUGAAGCACACAUGGCUACUGUCAUGUCACUUUCCAUAACUAUUUACUGCAAAAUGAUUGAGAGGCUUUUGGUUCAGGCAGCCAUUAGCCUCCUGCUUCCUUUGUUACCUCUGGAUCACUUUGCAGUAAACUGCAGGUCUUUUAAAAGAUUCAAGCUUCGGUUUUCUCAAAACAAAACAAUUAUCCUGUCUUACCUGAAAAUGCAGGGUUGUGGGCAAAAGAGGCUGGUUAUAAUAAUGCCCUCAUAUUGAGUGGUCUGUAAAUGGCUGCACACUUCAGGCGUUAGAGUUGCUGAGGAUGCUUUGUUAAUGUGAUCUUGACUGGCUUUACAAGGGUAUAGAACAGUCUACACAGGCAACUAUUUGCAUCCACCUUGCUCUUGAGGUGGAUGGAAGUAAGGAAAGGCUGGAGUGUGUAAGUCAUGCACAUAAGUAUUCUUCACUGUAAAUUUUGUUUUCAUUUUUAACCCAAUUAUGGUACUUUGUCCAAUGCACAACUGAUCUCUCAGUAGAUAUUCAUAUGAAAAUAGUGUGGCCUUGACCAGUGAGAAGGGGAAGAAGUGACUUAUGCUUGUGUUAAAAUGACCUGUUUGCUGAGAGUGGUCGUUCUGCAGCACUCUUAAUAUCAUGUUUUUGAUUGGGGAGAGUAAUGUUUUUUGACCCUGAAUUUAAUUGAGUUUUCUUCUAUUUUUAGGAAGUAUCAGAAUUGCUCUGAUGAGUAACAAAGUUAACUGCUUUGAUGUCCAAUCUCAGGUUUUAAAAUAUAGUGGUAUAAAAGCCCACUGUUACUAAUUCUUAAGAUAAUUUUAAUUUAGUAUACCCUAAAAGUCACAUGCAUAAGGCCUGUUCAGAGAGCAGAGCCUCCACUUUUUGCUCCUUUUCCACUUUGUACUUACUUCACUUGAAAAGAUGUCAAGUGACUUUGCAUUGUAUAUUUCCAUUUUAAUCCUGACGUAGUUCUCAAAGAUGAAGCACUUUUGAACAUGAAAUACAUGGAUCAUGUGUGAUGUGGAUCAUGGUUUCUCAGGCCCCUAGAUAAUCCACUUCUGAGUAUUGUUCUAUGUAAGGAGAGUAGAGAUCUUUACUAAUGGUAGAAAGUUUGUAUUCUUGAUUAGAAUGCACUUGCUAGUUUCCAAUGGAUGGGAGAGUAAACAAUGCUGCAUUCACAAUUGAAUAAGUUGCUCUCCCUUGAGCCUUAAGGUAGCUUUUUCUUUCCUGUCAACAACAGCACUGAAGUCAUAGUGAGUGAAUGAGAUUGUCUGUUUUCAGGGUUGCUUUAGAGUACUGUAAAUCAAUUAGCUGUCUUCCUAAAGAGUCAUAACUCCCUUCAAUAGACAGGAUGGUGGGUGUGGGGAGGGGGGCUAGGGAAGGGAGAGAGGUAGUUUAUAGAAAAGAAAAAAGAAAAAAAGAGCCACGUUUACCUUAAAAUACAGAGAAAAAAGAAAAAAAGUUCAUGUCCUGUCCUGUUGGAAAUUUCAGAUGUAAGGUGGAAAUGGCAAAAUAUAAUUCAUUUCCCCUGCUUUUAAUGUAGAAAACCUAAGUUAUUUUCAAAUAUUAGCCCGCAGAAGUUUCAAGAGCUAACUAGACUCAUGAACGAUGAAUUCUAGAGCAGAACUUUCAAGAGGUAGCUACACUCAUAAAUGAUGAAUUCUCUAGGUAUCUCUGACUUUGCUAUUUAAACUUACCCUUUUCAGUCCUCACAAUUUGAACCUGGUUUGAUUACUGAAAGAUUAAAUAAACUUAUAUGUGAACAAAUGGGAUCCAGUUGUCAAGACUGAAAAUUAAAUUUGGAAAAUGCAAAAAGAAUAAAAUUGCACCAUAAAGAUUUAUUACCCUAGUGAGUCCCAACUUAAGGCCUUUAUGAAUGUAUUUUAUAUUUCCUAAUGAAAUAGGAAAUAUUCACCAGUGUAAUCAUGUAACCACCUGUAUUCACUUUUACUUUCAUUUGAAAAUCAAAUGCCUCCUGAAUUGGACAUUCCAAUUGGGAUAGGUAGAGAGCCAUGUUAAAACAAUAAAUGCCAUGUUUGUAGUUUCAGUAGGACUUCUAAGAGUGAGAACAGAGCUUUGUUAGAAGUUAAUAAAGCCUUUCCACAAUUCUAACACUUUGGAGAAAGAUUUUAACCAUAAACAUGAGGUUCUGUGAUCAAAUUUGAUGUCCGCUACAUUACAACCCACUGGGAUCAGCUUUGUGCUCUUUUGAACUCUGUCCAGAGUUCUGCAGAGAAAGCAGUAGUGGGUCUGUUCAAUGUCCACUAGUGAAGUGCAGAAGGCACUGGUGUGUCCAUUCUUCCCCUUCAGGAACUCUUCAGUGGCUAACUUUUUCAACAAAAUGCUUACUUCUUAAAGGCAAAAUAUUUUGUGCCCUGUGUUGCAAGAUCAGAUGGUUAGUAAAUCUUAGUGUUUGGAAAUAGAGUGACAAGGAGUUUGUUUCUUCCCUUUUAAAUGUCUGUCUUAGAGAAAUACAGAUGCCGGAAAGUCCAAGAAAAUGAGCAGGAUUAUAUCCCUGAGCACAGUGUGUUGGAGGAGGUUUUAUAAUAAACCCUUUUCUCCAAGCCCACAUCACUAUCUGUUGAACCAAAGCUCUCAGGAGUCUGAAAAGUCAAGAGGUUGGGCAAAAAGUCUAGAGACUUGGCUGUAGGUCAUCAUGACUUACAUGUUACAAAGAGUCUGUGGUUUUGCGUGUUUUGGUGGCAGGCAAGUAUAUUUUAGUUACUUUUCCGUGACCUUGGUGUCUGAAAUUAAGAUUGUCGGUGUAUUUGGACUUUUUUUCCUGAGGUUAGAACAGUUGUAUUAGGCAUUUACGCUUGUGAAUCUUCAUGCAGGCGUCUUUCCAGUCCUGUGAAUUCAGAUGACACACUUUGUGUUCUGUAGGAAUCUCACUGCCUGUCCUGUCUGCCGAUGGCUCUGUUAAGCUAGGCUCUUCACUCCAAAGCUGGGACUAAUGUCCCAGUCGGGAAUCUCCAGAAGUCAUUUGAAUGAGUUAAAGCCAAAUCUCGAGCAGGAGACAGCUUCUUGCUCUAGAUGUACAAUUAGCUUAGGUUGGAAAUUACUCUAAAGAGGGUUUGGAAUGUCUUUAGUCUAUGUAAAUACCAACAUGCUUCUUCUGCAUCGUGAACCAGUAUGUAUGCCUGUGUAUGGGUUUGUAGAGCUGGUUUCUGCUUCAAGUGAAGCUGCACCUUUGUUUGUAAGGUCCCCUCCACCCAGAACCCUAUAAACAUUUGUAAAUAGAACACUAAAAUUUGUAGUGGUAGGAUCAAUUUGGGAAAUAUCUGCUGAGAGACCAAAAAGUUCAUUUUUUUAAGUACCUUGGUUAAAGAGUAAAGAUUAUUCCUCUUAUUUUUUAAAAGAAGAAUGCACUUUAACAAACACAGCUGCAUGGGCAAUUCAACAAUCCAUGAAGUGCAGUACCCAUCCAGAAACCACACUUCCUGAAAACCGUUCAAAGCAGAGUCCACACGGGCUGGUGGUCUCACCGCCUGUAGGUUGAAGCUUAGAUUCUGAUGAAUUGUGAGACAAGCAGGGCUGCUUCAAAGAGCAAUGUGAAUACAGCCAGAAGCUUCAGACAGGUCUGUAAAAUGGCGGGUCCCGUAUUUACCACUAACUAGCAAAACUGACAGAAAAACUCAUAGAAAUAAAAAGUUUAAGAAUCCUUCCUGCUGGUGUGCACUCCUUCCAAUAGCAGACUUUUGCAAAUGGAGUUUUACAGUCUAUAUUUAAAAAAUUGUAUGUUUGUAACAAAUAAAGUAUGCGGAAAAGUGAAUGACA